CAAAGGGAGGGAAAACACAGAGGGAUCGCGUGUCAUCAUUAGAUUAAGGACUAAAUUGUUUGGAAAUACUGAUUUUAUCUAAAGAAAAACAUCAAGGGAAGUAAACGGAACGGAGUGUAAGAACAUUUCAACAUGCUGUUUGUUCGGCAUUAAUAAUUUCAAACAGGCAUCCCAGCCUGCCGCUUACGUUAACUGUCUGUAACACUGGACAACGCGAACAGGUGAAGAUACGCAAGAAAUGAUGCUGAAACUGAGAAGAAAGGGAUGGACUGCUAAAAGAGCAAAUGUAUGAAGAUUAGAGAGAGAGAGAGAAGGAGGGAGAGAAAGAGAGAGAGAGGUGUUUCCCCGCUGCACGUUUCCUUCGGCUGGAUGGACUGUUUCGUUUAGGGAAUAAGAAGUAAUUGAUUAACACAAGCUUUAUUAUAGACAUAAAUGCAAAUUUAUCAGGGAAAGACAUUUACCUAAAACCUGGAAGGAUAGCAGUACCACCUGUAUAUUACGGAAACAUGUAUUGAAGGGACCAGGGAGGCACAUAGGCAAGGUAUAACAUAUGUAGCUUAUAUUUUUGGCAAGCUUGUCUUUUAUAUUACCAAAGGAACGAACCGUAGCACAGUGACGUUGCGAUGUUUUGCUAGGUGCUGUAGCACGGACAUAUUACAUUAUUCAUAAACUGUAGCCAGUUAUCAAAAAUACAUCUUGUUCUGCGCAGUCAUUCGGACCACACGCCGACAGGACCACUGCUUUCAUCCGAAAACUAACUACAUUUCACCUAACAUUUGUGCUAUUUGCGUGUUCAUGUGUGUGUGUUCAGUAACACACGCACUGCCCGCACGCGAACAGAGCCAGACGCACAACGAGCUCCUCCCACCCCCCUCCCUUCUCGGUUCUCUCUCCUCCUCUCCCACCCCCUGCUCCUCUAUGCUCAGUUCGGUGUGUGUCUCCACUUUCAAAGGGCGCAAGGGUGGGAACAAGUCGUCCAGCAAAGCAUGUUACAGCGCAGACAUGACUUGUCCGUCAGAGAGCGACAAAAUUGUGAUAAACUGCGGGGGGGUUCGGCACGAGACGUACCGCAGCACCCUGAAGACGCUGCCCGGCACGCGCUUGUCUUGGCUCACCGAGCCAGACGCGUUCAGUAACUUUGACUAUGACCCCAAAUCCGACGAGUUUUUCUUCGACCGUCACCCCAACACUUUCGCAUUUAUCCUAAACUAUUACCGCACGGGGAAGUUGCACUGUCCCAAUGAUGUGUGCGGUCCUCUGUUCGAGGAGGAGCUCGCUUUUUGGGGUAUCGAUGAGACAGACGUGGAGGCUUGCUGCUGGAUGAACUACAGACAGCAUCGGGACGCCGAGGAAGCGCUGGACAGCUUCGAGACACCCGAACCGGACCCUCCGGAAGACGACCCAGCUCUGACGGGUGGCGCUGACGGGGACCUGAAGAGGUUGUGUCUGCAGGAGGAUGGACGAAACCCCAGCUGGUGGAGUAUAUGGCAACCCCGAAUCUGGGCGCUCUUUGAGGAUCCAUACUCCUCGAAAUACGCUAGGUAUGUGGCGUUCGGCUCGCUUCUGUUCAUCCUCAUCUCCAUCUCAACAUUUUGCUUGGAGACGCACGAGGCCUUCAACACCAUCUACAAUAAGACAGAGAACGUGACGGUGGGAAACGUCACACGGGAGGAGGUUGUGUUUGAGGUAGUGACGGACAACUGGCUCACCUACGUGGAGGGAGUCUGUGUCAUCUGGUUCACCAUCGAGGUGUUCGCUCGCGUGAUUUUCUGCCCGGACAAGGCCGAGUUCUUCAAGAGCUCGCUGAACAUCAUCGACUUUGUAGCCAUUCUGCCCUUUUACCUGGAGGUGGCGCUGAGCGGACUCUCCUCUAAAGCAGCUAAAGACGUGCUGGGCUUUUUGCGCGUUGUGCGAUUCGUCCGAAUCCUGCGAAUCUUCAAGCUCACGCGCCAUUUCGUGGGACUGAGGGUGUUGGGUCACACGCUCCGCGCCAGCACCAACGAAUUCUUGCUCCUCAUCAUCUUCCUUGCUCUCGGAGUGCUUAUCUUCGCCACUAUGAUCUACUACGCCGAGCGCAUCGGCGCGUCCCCGGACGACCCCACGGCGAGCGCCCACACCACCUUUAAAAACAUCCCCAUUGGCUUUUGGUGGGCGGUGGUGACCAUGACGACGCUGGGCUAUGGUGACAUGUAUCCAGAGACAUGGUCUGGUAUGUUAGUGGGCGCCUUGUGCGCCUUGGCGGGCGUGCUGACCAUUGCCAUGCCUGUGCCCGUCAUUGUGAACAACUUCGGCAUGUACUACUCUCUAGCCAUGGCCAAGCAGAAGCUACCCAAGAAAAAGAACAAGCACAUCCCACGGGCUCCACAGCCUGGAUCGCCCAACUACUGUAAACCAGAUGCCCUGGCCAUGGCCACUGCCUCACCGCACAGGCUCAUGGGUAAUGUGCUGGGCAGUAUGGUGGGCUCUGGAAGCAUGGCGGGAGACUGUCCUCUUGCACAGGAGGAAAUCAUAGAGAUUAACAGAGCAGUAGGAUUAUAUUUCAACACUGCAAAAAACCCCAGCCACAGCAUCUUAGAUUACAUCCCAGAAAACGUCUCAGCCAAUUUUACAUCAUCUCUUCUCCUGCCCUCAUCAAGCCCUCCAAAGAGAAGGAAAUAUAAUCACGAAUAUCCUCAACCAGCUUCAGGCUCUGACAACUCAAAGCAGAAUGGGGAUGCUGCAAAUGCAGCUCUGGCCAAUGAAGACUGUCCCACCAUAGACCAGGUGCUGGGGCCAGACGACAGGAGUCCAGCCACUGGUGGGUUGGGGACAUGCACGGGGCGCGAACGUUACCCCCACGACCGGGCCUGCUUCCUCCUCAGUACCGGAGAGUUCCGCACCACAGACAGCAAUGUCAGGAAAGGUUGUGUCGUGUCAUGCGUUUCAGCCGGCUAUGAGAAGUCCCGCAGCCUCAAUAACAUCUCGGGGAUGUCGGGGGCUCCUUUGCGUCUGACCCCCAUCACCCCAAUCAACAACCAACCCUAUGAACCCUACGAGACCCCUGGCCCUCUACGCCGCUGCAGAUCCCCCAUACCCUCGAUUCUGUAGCACAGCGUAGGACACAACGACAAAUUAAACAAAGAAGGACGCUCAAUGCACCCUCAUUCUGCAAUAGUAUUAAUAAUCGUGAUAAUGACGCUAAGUACUCGCACCUCAGCUCCUCCAUUGUUUGGACAGGGUGGGACUAUUUUUAAUGUCAUGCCUCAAAGGGGGUUGAUGAGCUUUAAGUACUUAAAUGAAUCAAAUGAGCAUUUUCAGUCAUUUUAUCGCACAUACUUCAGGCAAUAUCUCAGACAGGCAACUAAAACAAUUAUAUGCUGUAUCUUCGAGCGAGUUAUGCCUUAUUAAUAUACAAAAAAAAGAAGCACUGAAUAAUGUUAUAAUAAAACCCCUCACUGGUCCGUAGGCAGCGGUGAGCACCCUGUAGGAAAUCUAUACCUGUAGUUGAAUGACUGUAGUUGGCUUUCCCACAUUCUCUGCCUGUUUGCUGGUUAUGUAAAAACUAUAAGACUGUGAAAUCCAGCAGGCUUAUUCAUUGAGCAGCAGUUGCUCUUUUGAUAAACCAUUAUAGGCCUUGAAAAAUAAAUUCUCUUCAUAUCAAAGCUUGGAGGUCACAGAAGACAAGUAGUUCAAGUGCAUGCAAGAAAUGACUAAAGUUAGGCAAGUAGAGCAUAACUAAACUAAAACUCAGUCCCGUUUAACUGCUACAUGAACCUAUACAUCUACUCUACUCUGCUGGACUGAUGUUAACAUAAAGCAAAGCCCUGAAGCGCUACUGUAAUGGAUCUAGAAUCGGAUUAGUUUGGUUGAUUUUAAGUUUUGGUGAUUUGGGCCAUGGAGCAUUAUCAAUAUCACUCGUAAGGACACUUUAACCUCACGUAAUCACAUCGCUUUAAAACAUUUCCAACAGUAACGGUGGUUUGCACUGAAUAUCUUGAAAAAUGUACCUCGCAGGGGACACUAUUUGUGAGCUAAGUCUAAAAAUACUUAAACGGUGUUUGUGCAAUACUGUAUCAACUAUUACGAUGACCUCAGAUGAGCUGGAGACUUUACUAUUUGCAACUAUUAACUUUAACUACUAUUGUAAAAUAACAGCGAGACCGAGAACUGAUCAUUACAAAAGGCUAUUUUUGUACUAUAAAGCAUUUAGACAUCAUAGGGGAUAGGAGUUGUGUGAGCUUUGAGUUGGAGUCUGGAGAUCUUGCAUGGAGAUGUACUAUGAACUUUUUAGUUUUUGUAUUUUGACAUACUACUCUGCAUUUUUGUCACAAGAACCAUACAACGAAACGAAAGGAGGAGCCAUCAUAUUAAGGGCCUAUAAACUUCUGCACUUCUUCUGGACCCUUACCAAUUUGUAUAGCGCAUGAAAGAACUUUUACUAUGGUAUUUCCUCAUAAAUAUGAAGACAUGUGAAGCUGCACUCCUCACUGGAUAUCCGCGUAUAAUGGGGCUGUGGUGAACCAGACAGUUCAUCUAAGGGCACGAAUUAACUGGACCUUCAUCAUCAUCAUCAUCACUGUCAUUAUCCUCCCUAAUCAUUAUUAUCAUUUCCGAUUACUGUUAUUCCUAUAAUUUGAAUGCAGUAUAAAAUCAGUUCAGUUUGUUUUCUCUCUGGUCCCCUUUUCUUUCUCUAUUUUUUUUGUUUUUUUUAUCUGCCCUGUCUUUUGGAUGCUGACCUUCGUACCAAUAUAAAGGAGGGAACAUUGAAUGGAUGCUGGAUUGACAGCGGUCAGUAAGAGAAGAAAAAGAUGACAAAAUGAACUCUUUGAAAUGCAUAUAUGAGGCAUAUGUUUCACUGUGUGGGGGUGCACAGAUUUCAUACACACCUCUCAGCAAUGGCAGCUCACAAAACUUCUUGUUUUCUUUUGUGUAAAGAAACUGAAAAUCUGAGGUGUAAAUGACAAAAAUUUUAUUAAGUUUUGUAUAUUAGUUAAACAGUUGAUCAGAAAUCCAAGGAGCAGUUCUUUUUAGUUUUACAGGAAAGAAUUAGUUUUGAUAUUCUGUAGUAAUAUCAAAACUAGUAGAUACACUUCAUCUAAAUUAAGCAGUGGAAUUCUACAAAGAGUCCAUUUUAUAUUUUCUCCAUUUGAAGAGAUGCAAAAGCCGUACUAUACGUUUAUCAAAUCCGCUUAAUCCCGGCCUUGGGCCAUUCAGAAAUACCGGUUUGUUAGCAGAAUCCAUUAAGAGGGUCUAAUAAAAAUGCAAAUUUACAAGAAAACAUGUCAGAUACACUUAGAGGCUUUUGCAUCUGAGCUCUUCAUUUGUUGUUAAUAUUACUGCCACAUUCACAGUAAAAAUAUACUUCAGGCACUAUUUAAAGUUUGACAGAUGCCUAGAGCCUUUUGGAGAACCUUUUUGUUUAACUUCUGCAAAUUCUCAAAAAAGUCAAAGACUUCUUUAAAAGGUGCUAGAGGUUCUUUAAAGGGUUCAGCCAGGGUGGCAUCUUAAGAAACCCAAAUGGUGCCUGAAGAAGGAUUUAAUUUUUACAGUGUAGCUCGUACACUCUCUCUCCUCCUCUCUUCUCUCGUUGUCAGCUAGAGAAAAGAAAGUAAUGGUGGUUAUUGAUUACAUAGAGUAUGCAUGGAGGAAGGAAACGGUGUUAUGAUUUGUCUGCAUGUGCACUGCUUCAUGUGCAUUUAAGGUCUCACUAAAGGCCAUGUGCUGGAUGUAUGCAGUGCCUCAUGUGAGCAGGUUGAUGCAGUAUCAAGGGAGCUCUUUUUUCAGAUCAGUGUGACAAGCAAAAUACAAAAGGGAUUAUUUCAGCAGAAGCAUUCAUGCUGAUCUGAGAUCCAUUAAGAUUUUUUUUCGAGAAAAAAACUAAAAAGAACUGUUUAGAUUGGUUUGGUUUCAAUUAUUGUAUUUAUUUUUUCAAAAGUGUAUAUUUGAAAUGUCUGUUCAAAGUAGGUCCAUAUUGAAUCAGCAGACUUUUUCACAUUCUAAAAAAAGAAAAAAUUACCAAAAUGAUAUAUUUAGAGGGAGAGAAAGAGGGAAUCACAUAUCGUCACCUUAAUCCCUGUGUGGUUCUGGUCUGCCCAACACUUUUUAUUUCUCAUCUUCACCUCAUGAUCCUCAUACUCUGCAUUUCAUUUUUCAAUCUUUUUUUUGUUUUUUUUCUGCUCUUUAUGAGGGUCUAGAGGUCUCAAUGAUGUGUACAGUUUUGAAGGUUGACUUUGUAAUUUCCACAUGCAUGGAUUUUCAUUGUGAGCAAUAAGGGAAUUCAAAGUCUACGUGACAAGUGUUUUGAUAAGACAAUGUAUUUUGUAAAGAAGUUUAUGUACAUGUAUGUUCAUAUAAGUGUGUACAUAUGGAUGUGUAUAUUCAUACACAUGCAUAUCAAUGAUUUGCAUGAUACAAAUGUACAAACGUUUUUCAUUGCUGUUACCAGUAUUUCUGUUAUUCUUGACUUAUUUUUGCAUGCUGGGAUGCUAUUGGGUGGCAGAGACCAUUACAACAACUGUUUUAUAUUGUUUGUAUUUAUUAAUGAGGGUUUGAAUAUGCUUUAACUAUGUACCUGUUUGCUUUAGUUUUUCUUCUCUUUUUUUUCUGUUCGAAAGCAUCAAAAGCAUUGCAGAUUGUCAUUUUAUGAUUUAUUCUUUUUCAUCUUUUCGCAGAGAACUAUUCUGAAAGCCCAGUGCUUAUCAGGUAUAUGCAAAAAGAAGCAGUAACUGUGAACUAAUCCUAGAACAGAAAAUCCACUUCUUCCUUUUACAAAUACAUUCCCGAACGAACACCUGCCCCCCUGUCCCCCAAAACCAACAUCAGCUCCUGUACAUUCCAUUCAGUCUUCAAAGACGAUUUCAGUUCUGUAUUGCCAUCUCACUCACCCCAAACCCAUACCAUCAUCAAUCUUAUAGUUAUGCAUUAUUAAUGAGGAUUUUUCUUGUUGCAUUAACUUCAGCUCUGACCCCCUCUGCAGGUUUUACGGGGGAACGAACUGACGUAGCAUUCAGUGUUGUAGCUCACUAGCACUCUUUGGUCACUUUAUUUUUAUUUAAACAAUACAUUUAGGCGUUCAUUGGAAUGGCUUGCACCGUCAGAACGUUCUUGUGCAAAGCAGCGGUUCUUCCAUUUGUCAUUCAAUAAUACCACUGUUCAGGGAAGUGGAGGAUAAUGAUAAUGGCACUGACUACAGCGAUGCAUGUUUCCACACAUUCUUAAAAAAUGCUGCAUCCUAAUGCAUAUUUUGGUUUUUCUGUGUUUAGUCGAUUUGUAGAGGCAAGUCAGGGUGGGCAGAGUAGGAGGGGCCAGAUCCAUUUACAGUAAAUCCCUUUACGAGUAGUAGAGAGAGGCCUGCUCCUAGUAAGCUUAGUUACCCAAUGCCCUGGUAAGCAGAAACAAAGCUGCAUGUGACCACAGAGGAAGAUGUAAAUAAUUCUCGUGUACACAAAUUGCAUGUUAACAGCACAGAAGCUAUAGCGUGUGGCAUUUGAAAUAAGGAGAGCAAGUAAGUUUAAGCAGUUCAAUUAUAUUACCCAGAAUCCUCUCUGUCUCUGUCAGACUUACGCUCCCCUAUCACUACUCAGGUAUAUCUCUCUUUUGUUUGUCUAAACCAGUGCUUCCAAAAUGAUGUCAUUUAAAACAGACAGAGAGAAAGAGAGACAGUGAUGAUUUAUCCACAUCCCGUUUAUAUGUGCAUAUAUGAAAUAAUUCUGUUUUCUCAUCAAGUCUUCCUGGUUCACAGUGUCCUACCCGUCUUUCACCAGUCCACCGUUUUGUUAUCUCCCACCACUGUCAUUUCACGUCAUUUUAAUUUAUUGACUCUACUGCUUCCAAAAAAAAAAACAGCCACCACCAACCAAAAAGCCCGGAUAACAUAAGAAAUCAAGGAAAACCAUUCACUUGUUAAAACUUUUCAAACACGGUUUGCCAUAAGUGGAUUACAAAAAACUGUAUAUGGAAUCAGGACUCGACCGAAUCAGGAGAUGAAAACAUGAGGGACAGAUUGUGUGUUUGAGUGUUAAGAGGAUUUUCGACAAAUGAAGACAGGCGCCGUGAAAUGGAGGACAGUUUGGGGAAGAAAGAAAAUAAAAGAGGAGGAGUUGCGCUGAACGCUUCUCAGUUGCUGAGCUUCUGAACUGCCCCUUUAUCACUUCAGAAGAGCUCCACGACUGCAGAGCCGAUCCAGAGUCAAACCCCAGGGUCGCCACAAGAUUAGAGAUGACUCGGAGAAGACGAAAGAGAGAAAAUGAGAGAUGAAAGAAGUGCUAAACCGACUUGAAAAGAAAACAUUGUGUCACUCAUCUCUCCAUUACUCAUUUAACCCCUGAGUAUAUCAGUCCGACGUAGGUGCAAUAACCUGAUGAUGAUUCUGUUUCUUUGGAGGAUGUCAAACUUUGAUUCUUCCAGGGAUCCUAAAGGGCAAAAUUCAGCAUACAAACUUUGGUAUGUUCAGGCAAGUCCCUUUCUCUAACUACCUGUAGAGCGAGGUGGAAAAUGGAUGCAAUUUAAAUGGACAAGAACUAUUUUUGUGGCGUGUGAAGUUUAAUGCACCUGCAACCUCGUGUUUCCACAAGUGAAAAAAUCCAUCAUCAAUUUCAAUCCAGUCUUAGAUACAACUAAUGUGUGGAAAAAUACCCAUCAUGCUCUUUCAACGCUAUGCAAUUCAACCACACAUUGAAAUCAACAGACCACGGUCAAGUUCAUCAAAAGCUUGGAUCACCCAAACUUUUCCUCUCUCUCUCUGACCUUUUGGAAAUCUUGCACGUGCUUUAAUUAAAAUAGACUAUACAACAUCAUCAGUCUGGCAUAUAUACCACACAAACUCUUUCCCAUCCAUUCCAUUGGAAAUCUUAUUAAGAGUGUCCUGCUCAGGGCAGACUUUUUAAAGAAACGAUUGUCAACAUCACUCUCUCGUCUCUCUCUCUCUCUCUCUCUCUCUUUCUCUCUAUCUUAGUUAAGCUCUCUGCAUCUCAGCAUUUCUGUUCCACUGUAGAUGAACUGCAUGGCAUGAAUGAAAUGGGAAAAAAGAGAGAAAGGUGCUAGAGAUCACACCGAGAGGAACCUGAUAUGAAAUUCAAAUCAUAGACAGGACCGCUCUGUUUGCACAGUAAAACGGCUGGUCGAAAUAAACUCUGGAUCAAUGGAUGGAGACAUCACGGAUGAUAAAACGCUACGCGAGGAACAGAAAAAAUGACAUACUGUACGUGCAUGACACCUGUUGAUGGACAGAGGGGUUUUUAAGCGGACUGGGUGAACUUUAAACAAAAGUCAAAAAAAGAGAAAAAAGAAAGAGAAAUUUAAAAAUGCAUUUUCUCACUUUGUUUACCAGCAUGACUAAACUGCAUGACUUCUGUAAGCCCUGAACCCCAAAUUAGAGGGCUUGAAAUCACUAAACAGCAAAAUCAAAUGGAAACAAUAAAGGUUUAUGCUAAAUGCUACUAAAUUUAAAAAAAAAAGAUUAUAUUUAAAAAAAAGAGAGGCUCUAUAUUUUGUUUUUGAAUAUAAAAGAAUAAUGUAAAAAUAUAUAGGAUUGCAAGAUUCAUACGGUUUUGUUGGAAUACAAACCCCCACCAAGUCUAGCCGAAUGAUGAGAUGAACCCCUUCAACUACUGCUCCCUCCAUGGCUUCCUUUUUGAUUUUCUGUCGUUUCAUCCUUUACUUGAACUCUCCUGGCUCUCUGCUCUGCCCUUCACAGUCUAUGCUGAGCAUUGCAUCACCCCUGCGGUCUCUUGUCAUGGUCUCCAGCAGUGACAUCACAGCUCCCGUGGAGAGCUACAGGGCUUUGCUUUUAAUGGUUAUGAGUCUGUAGUGCAAGGCGGGUGUGGGAUUUCUUUUCACGUUUGUAUCAUGUUCUCGGUGAGGUCGUUGAAGGGAUGUGUUUUGAUUUGCAAUAUAACUUAUUCAUUUCUGUUCUUUGGGUAAAUCAAAGCUUUAAGAAGUCUUAUGAAUAUUAGCUUUGUGUGAACUUGAGAGUUCGACACUCUGAGCACUUACAUUGCAAAGUACUAUUGUCCUAUCAAGCCAUAUAAUAUAAGAGCAGCGCCAACAUCAAGAUCACAGGUGCUCAGGAGGACAAGCUGAAACCAGAAGAUAGCUUUGUGUAGUGUUUUUUCAUUAGCAUCUAAUUUUGUUUAUUCUUCUUGUAAACUUCCAUAUUGACUUUGAGCUUGAAUGAUAUCAAAUCAUCAUUUCAUUAUUACUGCUUUUACGCCACGUUUGAUCUCAUUUGCUUUACCAACAAUGGAUGAAUGCAACAAGGGAUGAUGGGUUUAAUUUGUCAAACUGCUACUAUUAAGUUAUUUGUAUUUUCAUGUUUAAUUAUUAAGUGUUCAUAUUCUCAAAAACUUUUCUUUUCAUUCAUUAUUUCCAGAAUUUGAUGCAAACUUUGUUUAGCAACUACCUAUGCAACACCUAAGCAAAACCUUAGCAGCUUCCACACAUGUCAUGUCCUCAGGCCAGCUGGCUGGUGUCUGUUUAUUGGUGCUGUGUGUCCAGGCAGUCGAGGUGAAGACAUAUUUGCAGCUCCUUUACUAUGAGAUCAAGGGCCAGCAUUGUGUAGCGUGUAGUGCACAGAAGAAGUAACGUUAGCAGCUGGACUAAGUAGCUUGAAGGUACAACAAACGUGUGCAGCUGUAGUAGCCAUGUCGCUGGUGCACUCUCCUAAGUUACCUUCUCACUUAAUGUCUUCUUUUGGUUCAGGGGUGUACAGCCCAGUAUAUACGCGAUGCAGGAAGACAUCCAUGCACUUUUCAAGUGAAAAUAUACAUUUAUAUGUAAGCAUAUACUCAUCUCAGAGAAUAUAUUAGAGAUAUAUGUUACCAAAAGGAAAUGUCACUUUGCAUCUCGCUCGCAUUUGCAGUAUGCUUACAAUGAGAUGUGCCUCUCUGGUCGAUUAAAUAGUUCAUUUUCACAAAUAGAUAUUACUGGGCAGGAGCAAUAAUGACGGAACGCCACCCGUUUCACGUAGUUUAGUGUCGGCAUUAGGAAUUGGGGGACAGGUUGAUUUCAUUCCUACUAAAUACAGUGUGCCUGAAACUGUUCCCUGAAUAUUUAUGUAUGUUAAUCGGCCACAUCGUUUCGAAGACGGCUCUCUCGGUUCUCUAGCGUGUAUGAGAAUUUGUCCUGUGUGUUUCAGCCAUACAUGCAUUUGCUGAGUAAGGUCACGUCCCCACACUUGCAUACCUUUACUUGAAACCCAAAUACAAAACAUAUCAGAGAGGAGCAGAACAAAGCCAGAAUCUAAAUUCACUCUUUCUCGUUUUCCUGUUUGCAUCCCCCUCUCAUUCCUCUCUUCCCUCCUGUUCUCGAUUUUUGAGGAAGACGCUUUUUUGCAUCUCUUGUUCUUGUGUUUUUCUAUCAUAUUGUUUGAAGUCGUUUGAAGAUUAUAAUGCAUGCAUGGAGUAAAAUGAGGACAAUAAUUUGUGAAUGGCCAGAUUGAACCAUCUCUUUCACCUGGGCUCUCUACUCUGCUACCUCUCCUCCCUCUAUACAGAGAGAAAGAAAGAACACCUCUGGCUAAAACAUAUUUCCCCUUUUCCUUUCAAAUGUAGCAGUACCAAAAAUACAUUAUGGGUAUACAUUAGCCAUAAUAAAAAUGACCUUACUUAUAUAUAGUUUUUAUGUUCGUGUAAAUUUGGUGCCUGGUGUGUCUGAAGAAAAUUUCGGUAGCCUUCAUUUUAGCUAAUGCUAAACAAGAGCUUCCACAGACUCAGAGCUGAAACAAAGAUGCAGCAGACCCUCAGUUUAUUUGUUUAUCAGUUGUGUCUGUGAACCUACAGUACUAUUAUAUAUUUUGGCCACCAUAUUUUUUUAUACUUCAGUUGCACUUUAACUUGCUGUCUCUACGUGUAGCUUGUUUAAAGGGGGAAUUCAUUGCACUAUCAAUCACAGCAUACGGAGCUGCUGUGUCUACUGCUGAGCGCGACCUUAACCAUACAUAAACCCCCGAGUUAAUAAACCGAGACAGAGAUAGAGAGAGAGCAAGAGAGAGAGAGAGAGAGGCCAGUAAGAAAGAGAAGGUUCCCAAAACAAUGAACGAGUUCUAUGCUACGUACUAAGAUUGAUGCUGGAUACAAUUUUAUUGUCAUAAAUAAAAGAGAAAAAAUAUCAAGAACUGUAUAAAACAUAUUUCAAUGGAAUGUUUAUUAUUUACCUUUUAUAUUUUUGAAAUGUAUAAUAAAAAAAACUAUUAAUAAACUGUAAUAAUUUAACAGAGUUUGUGAAAACUGAGACUUAAAAAAUUGUUAUAUUACUAAAAGUAUGAAAGUUUGAACGUGAAUGCAAACCUACCUGAUCAAAUCUUCUCCAUUACAGAUAGGAAAAGUAAAAAAAGAACAUUAGAAAAAUGAGAUACAAUUAAAAAAGUUAUCAAAAACUCAAUAAAAAUGUUAAAAGCUCAUGCCAAAAUUUUCA